AUGUUCUAUUUGGUUGCGUUGACAGUUUUCGUACUCUUCAUUCUACUUCUACUCGCAAUGUUUGGUGGAUUUUGUGUUCAUUUUCAACGACGUCUCCGUAAAGCAAAGUUGGAAAAAGCCGAAUUGAGCCGCGAGAUUGGCCUAUCGGCCCUAGAUCCUGCGGCACCGAUCAAUAUCUCUGGCAAUCCAAUCUACGAACCAUUCGGCCUAUGCGCUGAUUUACAGCACAUCCCUCGACAAGCAGUCACGUUGAACAAGUGA